GUUCUGGCCAAAUUCAACUGUGGCAAUUUCUCCUCGAGCUGUUGGCCGACAGUCGCAAUGUGACCUGUAUUACUUGGGAGGGUACCAAUGGGGAGUUCAAACUGAUCGACCCUGACGAAGUGGCCCGUCGGUGGGGUGAGCGAAAGUCGAAGCCCAACAUGAACUAUGACAAACUGAGUAGGGCGCUCCGCUAUUACUAUGACAAAAAUAUUAUGACCAAAGUGCACGGCAAGCGCUACGCCUACAAAUUCGACUUUGCCGGUCUUGCUCAAGCCAUGCAACCGCAGCCCCAGCUAACUUCAUACGCUGCCGCCACUGCAACCGCGCCUGCCGGCUACAUUGCAUCCACUUUGACGCCCUCCUCGUCGCCACCGGGUACAGUCUGUUCUUCCGUUGCCUCGGCAAACGGUAAAAAUCGUCUUACUACUUCUGGAUUCACAGCCAAUGCCAGACGGACUGCUUGCCACAACGGCAACAGCCUAGGCUGCAAUGCUGCCGCUUUAGGCUUUCCGCCGAGCAUCUCAAUUUCCUCAAUGGCAUCGACAAAUGCCGCUUUAAUGACAUCCUCAUGCCUCUCGGUUGCGCUCAACAGCGCUCAGCAGCAGCAAUCACUUUCUUCUCAUUCUCAUAGCACCACACCAUCGGGUAGCCUGCAGACACAGGCGCCCAUUUUCAGCACAAACCUCACAUAUUCAAAUGCUUCACAAUUGAACUCUGGCUUUAAUGUAUUCACGCAUCCAAAUGUUGGAAUGAAUACCUUUCCAGCUUUGCACGAGGCCAGUCCUGAAGAAAAGCCCGCCACCGAAUCGGUCUCGUCCUUAACCCCGCCUGGAACACAGACAUUCGGCACCAUGCGAGAUUAUGCCUCCCCCAGUCUUUUUCUUGGCUCAUCAUCUGUCCAGAAUAUGGCAUAUCCAGACAUCUUAAGCAUGUCGUAUACUCAAUUAGGAGGCUCAGAAAUGCCCGCUUAUCGACAGAGUGGACCGGUUUUUGGUCAUGGAGCUCAACAAUUGGCCUCUUCUCAUCUUUUCAAUGUGCAUCCCUCGAAUCACGUCCCCCCACUUCAGCACUCAUUAGCUCAAACCGUACCACCACAGUCUUCACACGAUGAUUCACAUGCUCGUGUCCCCUCGACUCCACCCACCACCUCGACUGAGGUCUCCUCUUCCUGCUCAUCUGGUUUCUCUGCCUUCCAUCUUUCGGUCAACGUGCCUAAUAAUCUGGCCGACCAGGUGACGGCAAGCCGAGACGGCCUGAAUGCAGACUGUGACAGCACCAGAGCAGGUAUGAUGCACAUAUCUCCACUCUUCGAUCAAGUAGCUCAGGCGUUGAGCAGAGGUGCCAGUCUGGGACAACAGACACAAUUCAAUUGUCUGUCAGCAAGCAGCAUCAGCAACGAGGGGAAUGUAACUCAUUUAAGCAGCUGCAGUCCGAGUAGAAGCCCUUCGUCGGGAGGCAGCGGAGGAGGCAUUGGCGGAGUUGGAGUGGGCAGUUGUGCUGAAGGCGUAGAUAUAAACGAACUUUGCGAGAAUGGACUAGAUGAGGCUGGUCCAGGAAAAGGAGAAAAUGUGGGCAAGGAGGCUGAGCGAUGCCAGGCGAGUGAUGCCAAUAAGGCAGCAACACAAGUUGGACGAGAAUAUAGAGUUAAAGGACACGAAGUCUCUACCUCAGAUGGAGACUCGCAUCCUUCUUUGUCGUCAUUCUGCUCCUCGUCAUCAGCCUCAUCAUCAUCUUCAUCCUCUUCUUCCUCAUCCUUUCAUAGACCGAUUUUGCCAACCAAUGCAUUGCAGAUUUCGCCCUCCCAGUGCGAUUCUCCCCAUACCUCACCCGUUGCCCUUCUCCCUCCUCCUCUGUCUUCUUCGCCUCCACUGCAACAUAUUAUCUCGGAGUCGGUUACUCAGUCUGCUCAGGUCUAUUGGCCUCCUUCGCAUCGGAAGUCGCAUGUGACCGUCGUUUCUGGAAGAGUUGAUUUACCGGAAGACGAUAACGGCCAAGCUAAUCGGAGUCAAAUUUCUCCUUCAAAACACAAACCAAUGGUGACCAUGGCCUCUUGGUUGCUGCAGCCACAGCUCCCACCCUCGCCUCAGCGUCCAUUCCCAAGGCUCCCAGAUGCACGUGGGGCCGGUGGAAAUGGAGUGACUAAAAGGCAACGUGAUGCUACUGCCGAGCUAAAGCCAGCAACUAAUAAUGCUUCAUCAUUAAACAGCCUAGGAAUAGUCAAUUGUGCCGUUAGUGCGGGCAGGACUAUUUCAAGCACCAGGGCUCAGUUUAUGCAGUAG